GUGGGUCAUGGAUCUAUCAGUGGAUGCCAAAUUUUACGACUACCAACAAGGAUCUAUGCUUUAAACGUCUGCAGGUGUGACCCUACUCCUGGCUCUGCUCCGUAUUCUCUCCGAGUACGGUAAUCUGGUCAUCGGUCCGCUUUUUAGAUCGGAUUGCGCAUAAACGUGUCCAAAACUGCGUCAAAGUGCAGAGGAGGAGGCGGGCAUGAUGGCGCGGGAGCUUCAAACAACAAUGUACAGAAAAGCGAAAAGUUAGUUUGGUUUUAGAAGCUUGUCGUGGCAAAUAAAAGCCCACAAUGAUGAAAAGAAAAGAAGUGCAAGUCGUUAAACUCAGCCCCAACGAGGAGGCGCAGCUGAUCCGAGAGGAGCAGGGAAGGAGGAGGAUACUGCGGAUUCAACAGGUCCGGGAGCAGCAGAGACACAUCGCCCGCGGUGUCCGUCACAGCGUGGAGCAGAGGAGGCAGGAGGAGCUGGCUCUUCUGGAGGCACAGCUCAAAGCACAGUGGGAGCAACAGCAGAGGGAGCGUGUGGACAAACUGCACACGCUGUACCAGGAGAACCUCAGCCUGCUUGGACAGGGACACCGUAACGCCAAGGAAAAUGAAGCAGAUGUGAGCGCAUUACUGCAGCAGAAGCUUGAGAAUGAUAGUAAAGUGGAGGAGCGCUACCGCAAAGCUCUGAAGGAACUGCAGCUCCAGAGGCUCAGGAACCAGGAGAACCAAAGCCGAUGUGCUGAUGCUCGGAGGAGGGCUCUGCAGGUGGAGAAGAUCAGAUCUGCUAAAGUGGCCAGUCUUCCUUUGCCCCCCUCUCAGCCACUGCAGGCACAGGAAGCUGCCUCUAAACUUCAGCAUAUGGUCAGGAGAUGUGAUGCCAGUUCCUUCGCAGCCACACACUACCACAUGCCUCACACACUGGUGGACAAGGAGACAGCCAGCUCACAGCCUAGCGCGUGUGCAGAGGCAGAGCUGGAAGUGCAGAGGAUGACCCAGAUGAGGAGAGAGGAGGAGCAAAGGAGAGAGGAGCAGCAGGAGAAGGCUCGUCUCAGAGGGAGGGAGGCUCUGAGGAGGGAGCAGCUGCAGCAGGAACGUGGGCGCCUUCUGGAUGAACUGGAGCACCUGCAGCAGACUGACCUUCUGCGGAGGAGGCAGAGGGUGGGGAACAUGCCCAGGCAGAUCUUUGAGCCACUCUACAGGAGGCAGGAGGCUGAGCUGGAGUUGCAGAGAGAUAUGGAGUUUGCCUUCGAGGACAUGUACAGUGGAGAGAGAAGGCUGAAAGGAGACCUACUGUGUGGCCUGGCUCCCGAGCCUCUGUUGCCCCCCUCCACAGAAGACCACUGUCCCGAGCUGGACGUCACCUCGAGCGACCAGUGUGAGGAAGAACAGGAGAACAGGGGGGGCGACACACACGGCGGUCACAUGGACUCUGCUCAAGACUCGGAGUCAUCUAAAACAGUGGACAACAUGGACACAGUGGCCAAACCAGCCUGUGAGAGAAGCGGGCUAAAGAGACUGGUAAACUGCAUCGAGACUCAGAGACAGCGCUGGUGCCAGAGUGAUGGUAGUCCGCACUCCUGCCCCUCACACUCCCCCUCUCAUUCUCCCUCUGAGAGACACAGCAGCCUGGACACCGGCCCACUGACUGACGACAAACUGUCUAAAGCUGAUGUGGAAGAUUUAGCCCCCUCUGCCAAACUAAUCCAGGAAUUAGAGGAACAGCGGACAAAGGCGGAGGAGCUGGAGAGGGAGAGGCAGGAACAGGUGCAGAUCUUGGAGCAGCUGCAGAGACAGAGGCUUAGGCUGGAGCAGAGGCUGAGUGAGGCCCAGAAGACGCUGUCCUCUGAGGCCACGGACAACAAGUUGGGGCCUGAGAAUGUGAACCACAGCAGGAUGAUGGAGGAACACAGACUGCGUCUGCUCCUGCAAAAUGAAGUCCAUCACAGAUCUGUGAAAAUGGCUCGUCAGCGUUUGGAGGAAUACCAAAGAGCUUUAAAAAUCCGAUACAACAUGGCUGCUGUCUCUCCCCCUGCCGCUGUCCCUUCCCCUGCCACUGUCCCUCCACCUGCUUCUUUUGGUCCUGCUGUUCUGCAUGCUUCUGUGGUUGCUCCUACUUCCCUAUCUGCUAUCCCUCCUUUGGCUGUUCCCCCUGUGGCUGUUCCUUUUACUCCCAUCCCUCUCCCUGCUUUCUCACAUACGGCUGGUGCUCCUGGUGCUGUCUCCCCCACUGUUGUUCCUCUUUCUGGUCUCCACCCUACUUCUGUUGCCUCUACUGCAGUUCCCCCUUCUGCCAUCCUUCCAUUGGCUCUUCCCCCUGUGGCUGUUCCUUUUACACCCGUCCCUCCUGCUCUUCACCCUGCUGCUCCUCUGACUGUUGGCCGUCCACUCCUUCCAACAUGUCCCAGACCUGAAGAAAAAGCCCCGGUUGCUAUGGAAAGUGCCUUGCGACCAAAGACUGUGCUUGAUGGUCUGACCCACCAGAAGCAUGCUGCAUUUUUAAAGUUUAUUCAGAACAAACUGGGCUUUACACAGAGCCAACAGCAAAUGGAAAUCUCCGAUGCAGACUCAGCGGCAUCGGGUCCAAGUCCGGUUGUCUCCAUGGCAAUGGGUUCUACUCCGGGUAUCUCCUUGGCAACGGGUUCUUCUCUGGUUGUCUCCACACCCAUGGGUCAUAGUUCAGGUGUCAUCAUGGCAACCGGUCCUAGAUCAGUUGUCACCAUGAAAACUGGUCCUAGCCCGGUUGUCUCCAUGGCAACAGGUUCAAGUGCAGUUGUCUCUUUGGCAACACAUGCUAGAUCAGUUGUCACCAUGAAAUCCAUUCCUAGUCCAGUUGUCUCUGUGGUAACACAUCCUAGUCCAGUUGUCUCCAGGGCAACAGGUCCUAACCAGGUUGUCUCCAUGACAACAGGUGCUAGUCCGAUUGUCUCCAUGGUAACAAGUUCCAGUCCAGUCAUCUCGACUAGCAUUGGUCCACUGGAUUCCACAGCCACAGCGUGUCCCAGUGGAGUUGUCUCUAUGGGGUCGGGUUCAGCGAGUCAUAGUCCAGAUACCUCCACAGGGAUACCCUCUAGUCUGCUUCCUGGUACACCUGUCUUGUGGGAGAGCGGAGUGAGCAGGGAGAGAAUUGAGUUUCAAGACACUAAACCACAGCCACAGGAAGAAGUGGAAGCACCAACACUGGAGCGACAGCCUAAACAGCAGGAGCAGGAUCCUCAGGCACGCUCCACUCUGCUCCAGUCUCUCCUCAAAGCUCUGGAACGCUCCAGUUUAGGAACGUCGCACCACCAAAGCCCUCAGCCCUCCUCUUCUGGCUCCAGAGCUGGAUCUCCUGGCUGUCCCUCUGCGGUGUCUGUGCCCCCAGCAGCAGCAGCUCCAAAGCCCCCUGUGUCCAGAGGCAGGCUGGGCCAUGUGGACAUACCACUGCACCAGCUCAGCAUGAUACAGGAAGUCAACACACCAUCCAAUUUGAGCUUACUGACAGGUGAAGAUACAGUGACAGCAGAGGCCUUUGAGGAGAUUAAACCAUUCAACUCUCAGAGCUGCUCCCUGUCUGAUUUUGCACACCACAUGGACUCUGGGAGUGGAGCAGACUUCUCUGGUUCUUCUAUGGUCACCUCCCUACACUCAGCUGAGACUGACAGCAGAGCUCAGCCAUGCCUCUCCAGCACCCUCUCCACCGGCAGCUACAUCACCACAGACCUGGAGCUGCACUCUCAACCUGAUAGUGAACGUGUGUGUGUGCAGAGUUCUGGCUCCUCUUUGGCCCAACCAAACAGCCGAGAGCGGGAUUACUUGGACCAAAUACCCACAACAGGGUCCCCUCAGCUCGCACCAGGGAAAACGGCAUCUACUCUCCCUGCUGAAGAGCCCUCUGCAUGGGGUACCAAGGGUGAGGACUCCUUCCGGCCUCUGAAGGUUCAGCAGUCGGAGCAGUCCUUAUGCCCAGAGGAGAGCCACAGCCUGGAGCAGCUGCUUGGCCACCCCUCUGCGCACUCCUCCAUGAUUGGACAGAUACCCGGCUCUUUGCACCUGAUAGAAUGGGACAGCACCGUGAGCCACUGGAGGGAGGGGCUUUUGUAUAGACCCAGCAGCAUUUGGCAGAGCUCGGGGGUGGACUUUGGUCAGACAGCACGACCCCUACAGUGUACAGAGAAUGAUUCCAGUGCUGAAGCCUCUGUAAACUCCGGAUUCCUCCAGCUCCAGCCAGAGCUCACACACAACCAAAUGGAGACCAGUGAGAACCCAGAGCCUGCGGUUCCCUGUGAGCACUUGUCCCCAGAGUGGAUGAGAGCCAAGGGGCCCUCCAGCUCUGCCCAACUCUUCCACUGGUCUCCACCUGAAGCACUCGCCUUACCUACUGUAAAGGGUUGGUUUGAGGAGGAGGGUAUUCUGGAGCAGUCUCAAAUUACUUUGGCCAGUUUGACGGACAGCAGCUUUGAUGAACAGGAGUCUGGGACAGCAGAGGAGCCGGGACGUUGGGCCGCAGUACUGAGCACACAGGGGCUGACCUCAGAAGUUAUGGCUGCAGGUUCCGGUCUAGCGCAGAUGGAGCCCAAGGAGCGGGACACAUGUGACCCUGCCCUGGUACACAAGAGUCUGAAAACUCAGCACUUCCACCAGAAAACUCUCCAGAAGCUGCGUGCCAAAGACCCUCCAUCACAUUAGAUUGUACUGGCCUGUACAUGUGUAAAGACUGAGCACCCUCAUUACAUGUAACUGGAGUCAUUAAAGUUUGUAUUUUCGUUGUGCGUUUUAUUCUGAGAAAAUUUGGAAAAUUAGCUCCUAUAUCCUCUAUACGACACCCUGUUGGUGACCAUUUUGUACAAAAAUAAAAUUUUAAAUAUGCUUUUCCC